UCGAUCAAAAAGAUUCAAAACCCACUUCUUGAUUCAAUGGCCACAGAUGAUCAAGAACUAGAAAUCCCACCUUUCUUCGUAUGUCCAAUCUCCCUCGACAUGAUGAAAGACCCGGUCACCGUCCCCACUGGAAUAACCUACGAACGAGAAUUCAUAGAGAAAUGGGUAUUCGCCCAAAAGAACCAAACAUGUCCGGUAACCAAACUCCCACUCUCCGUAAACGUCGAUCUCACCCCUAACCACACGCUGCGUCGUCUCAUCCAAUCGUGGUGCGCCAUCAACGUUUCUCGGGGAGUCGAACGGUUCCCGACGCCUAAACCGUUAGCGAGCAAAUCCCAGAUCUCGAAACUUAUACACGAUCAUAAUUCAAAAUCCGCAGACGAACAAAUCAAGUGUCUCAAGAAAUUGAAGUCAAUCGCCGCCGUCAGCGACGCCAAUAAAAGAUGCAUCGAGACGGCCGGAGGGGCAGAGUUCGCCGCUUCGUUGAUCACAUUGGAGGAUUCGUCGGAGUUAGUUGUAGAAGACGAGUACAUUAGAGCUAGCGACGAGGCACUUAGCAUGUUACACUUACUCGAGCUGUCGGAUCCCUUCCUAAAGUCAUUAGCCACGGACGAGUUCAUAACCGCGUUAACUCGGGUAAUGAGAGACGGUUGUUACGAUUCCCGGGUUUACGCGGUCAUGAUACUAAAAUCCAUCACGGAAGUAGCCAACACAACUCAGAUGACAGGAUUGAAACCAGAAUUAUUCACCGAGAUAGUUCAACUAUUGAAAGACGAGGUUACCCCUAAAGCCACCAGGGCCGGGCUUCACGUGCUGAUCAACGUGAGCCCGGUGGGGCGGAGUCGGUUGAAGGCUGUGGAAGCCGGGUCGGUUCAUGUUUUAAUUGACAUGUUACUUGACUCGUCCGAAAAGAGGGUAUGCGAGAUGGCGUUGACGGUUUUAGACCAGCUCUGCCAGUGCGCGGAGGGGCGGGCGGAGGUUUUGUGCCACGGGGCGGGGAUGGCUAUCGUUUCGAAGAAGAUACUAAGGGUUUCAAAGGUGGGUAGCGAGAGGGCGAGUAGGGUUUUGCAUUCGCUAGCGAAGUAUUCGGGCAGUCCGGUGGUUUUGCAUGAGAUGAUGGAGGCGGGGGUGGUGGCGAAGUUGUGUUUGGUUUUACAAGUUGACAGCGGAGCGAGGACAAAGGAGAGGGCGAGAGAGAUCCUUAAGAUGCACGCAAUCACAUGGAAGAAUACAAAGUGCUUACCCUUGGCUCUAUUCUCUUCGUACCCUUGAUCAUAAAGUUUUCUCUUUUUUUUUUUUGUACAUCAUUUACAUACACUAUUUUUUUCUGGAAAUUUGGGAAUUGUAUAUAUAUAUAUACACUCAUUACUGGUU